AUGGAGGUCCCCGUCCCCGGGGCUUCUUUUUCCUGUCGGUGCUGCCGCGCGACGUUCGCGUCUGCGUUGGAGCGGAAGGAACACCAGCGAUCGGAUUGGCACGCGUACAACUUGCGGCGAAGCGUGGGAAAUUUGGCACCGGUCUCGAAGGAGGACUUUGCGCGCAAGAUGCAAGUCGCGCUCCUCGCCUCGCAGCUGAAGCAGGACAAAAGUCGCGACAAGCAGGCGCAGAUCGACGCCGCCGUCCGUCUCCAGAGAACGCUGCAGGGCCUCUCCUCCGCCUCGCCCUCCGCACCCCGCUCGGAGGCCGCCGCCGUCGCCCCUUCUUCUUCCUCUUCUUCUUCUGCGUUGCCGUCGACGGAGAAGGAGCGCGCGCAAGCCGUGGCAACGCUGACGGCGCUGGGCGUCUUAUCCACGCGCGGGGAAGACCACCUGAAGGCGCGGAAGGCGGACAAGGCGCGCGCGUUGCCGCGGGAGGCCUGUGCGGCGGAGGGUGAGGACGCGACUUCUUCGGCGUCGGAUGCGGGCGUCGCGGCGGGAUCUUAUCCAACUGCGGCGGAGCUAGAGGCGAGCCGCGAGCGCGCGCGACUACGCGCCUUUGCACUCUCCACAGAACCCGAGUGCGUGAGUCUCUUCGACGCGCACGCGCCGUUUCGCACGUGGCGGGAGUGCCUGAGUUACAUGACCAAGACCUUUGGCUUCGUCGUGCCUCACGCGGAGUACCUGGUGGACGCGAAGGCCUUCCUCCGGCUCGUUUGGCGCGCGCAGCUCCGCCGGCCCCGCUGUCUCCUCUGCGAGAAGCGCUUCAGCUCGGUGCUUGCCGCGCAGCAGCACAUGCAGAGUAAAGGGCACACGCAGCUCCGCUGGACGGAGUCCGCCGAAGAGACCUCCGCACUGCAGCGAGCGCUCAUGGAGGCCUGCUACGACUUCCGCGCCUCCUACCUCGCCCUCCUCGCCCGCCGCAGAGACAAACUGCCUUUCGACGGACGCGCGCGCGCCGCGAUCAAAGACGCCGAAGCAGACAGCGACGCAGAGAGCGACGGGGACGAUGGAGACUCCGACAGCUGGGAAGACGUCUCCAGUUCGGAUGACGAAGACGACAGCGACGACGAGCCCUGCGAGGCGUCGCGCCUGCGCGAGGCGACUCACGGGCUCUCCGCGCGCGAGUUCAAACGCGUCGUGCGGCAAUGCGGCGAAAUGCAGGCGAGACUGACAGAGACAGGUGAUCUCCGCCUUCCCGACGGAAGAGAACUCGUGAACCGCCACGUCGCGUACAUCUACAAGCAGCGGCUGGUCCGUCGCCUCCCCGGAGAGGCGGAGGCGCAAGUCCUCGCCGACUUCCACGCGAAUCCGCGAUUCCAGCUGAGCGCACACAACCUGAAGACGUCGCUGGCGCGGCUGGGCGGGCGCCAGACGACCGGUCUGAGUGCCUCAGCGCUUGAGCAUCUGCCGCUGCAGCAUCGCCAGCAGCUGGCGACGCGCCUGCGCCAGGAGAAGCAUCACCGUUUGCUCCUUUCUUCGCUGGGAAGGAACGGGCGCGGCCUCUCUGAGCAGGCGCUGCGGCUGAGCGAGCGCGAGAUCAAGCGGAAGGUGCUGGCGCCUAGACGCGCCUUCGUCCAGCGCGAAGCCAAGCAGCGCAUGCGGCUCGGUGUCAAGCAGAACAAACUGCAGAAAUUCAUCCUCCAGGAGACCAAAUUCUUUUUCUAA